AUGCCGUCGGGAAAGUCGAGCUCUUCGCACAAGUCGAAAAGUAAAACGACGGCGGCAGAAGAAGCGGCUCUGCCCACCGUCACCGAACAGAAGCGUGACAGUGGCGAGGACGGGUCGUCGACCGAGACGCGGAAACGCCACCACAAGCGUUCCAAAGCUGACGCUACUGACAAAAAGAGCGCGUCCAGCAGCAGCCCUGUCGAAGGUGCUACCAGUAAGCCAGAGGCGAACGGCGACGGCGCUGUCCCCAACACGACCCGCCGCACCUCAAAGCGUGAUGCCAGCCCCCUAAAGGCGAUUGAGGUCGGCAAGACGGGCGACGCUGCGGACAGCGUCGUGGAGACAAUGCCCGUCGUGCGCCCUGCGCAGUCCAACGGCGCCCCCAACGGCGUGGCGGCCAGCGCAACACCCAACGUGGCGGCCAGCGCGAUCCCCAACGGCGUGGCGACCAGCGCAACACCCAACGGCGUGGCGGCCAGCGCGACCCCCAACGGCGUGGCGGCCAGCGGGGCAACGCAAGGCGGCGUCCCUGCUGUUGCGAACGGCGUUGUUGCAACGCCUGCCGGGGCUCAGACGAAACCCGUUUCGAGGGGUUCCCCCGCGGCGCCUCGGGGCAGCCACACUUCGCCAGCGGCCACGAGAACCCCCGUCGGCACGGCUCAGCCCACCGCCGCGGCGCCCACCUCCAAGACGGUGUCCAACGGCGUGACCCGUCCUGCCGGCAUCAUGACGAACACACAGGAAAACAGCACCCAUUCAGACCCCGAGGAGAGGCGCAACUCGGCCCCUGCCGGGAAGACUUCAACCACCGCCGGGAAGGACGCUGCCACCGCAAACAGCUACGGCAGCAUGAACGGCCCACAGUACGCCAGCAUCGGUGAGAACGGUUACAACAGCACACUGGGCCCCCAGGGGUCAAGUAGGUACAUGAACAGCGCCUAUGGCGGCGGCAUGCAACCAAGCAGCGGAUACAACACCGAGAACGCACCAAGUGCCUAUGGCAUGCAGGGCAACAGCGCGUACAACAUUGGUAACGCACCAAGUGCCUACGGCAUGCAGGGCAACAGCGCGUACAACGUUGGUAACGCACCAAGUGCCUAUGGCAUGCAGGGCAACAGCGCGUACAACGUUGGUAACGCACCAAGUGCCUAUGGCAUGCAGGGCAACAGCGCGUACAACGUUGGUAACGCACCAAGUGCCUAUGGCAUGCAGGGCAACAGCGCGUACAACGCCAAGAAUGCGCCAAGCACGUACGGCCUGCAGCAGCAGCAAAGCAUUGGCGGCAACGCCCCCGCGAACAGCUUCUUUGGCGACAACAAACCCACGGAAAGCCUCUACGACAGCAAGCAACCCAACGCAAACAGCAUGUACCAGAACUCCGCGUAUGCCGGCUCAGCCUACGGUUUAGGCAGCGUGUACGGAAUGCGCGGUCAAAAUGGCUACGGCAGCAUGGGGAGUCUGGGCAGCUCAUACGGCAGCAGCAUGUAUCCCUCGAUGCACUCCAGGAACCUGUACAACCUCGAAGCCUCUGGGCGGUACAACUCUUUGCGCCUCGGCUCGGACUACGGAUCCCUUACAACAUUGGCCGCGUCAGCGCCCGCUCAAGCUUUCGAAGCACGGGUGGAUAUAAGGGGCCCUACGGGCUUUUUUCUAUGCCUACCUCCGGCCGGCAGACCGGCAGCCGCCAUUCCAGCUUUAUGGGCCCUGACGGCUUAA